AACUUUUCUUCUCAAAUUUGCAGUAUAAAGCACUGAAAUCAGACUACAGUAUUUAUUUGGAUUCAGAGUUUCUAAAGUAAUCAUUAAAUCGUCGAUAUGUUGAAUUAAAAAGGAAUUGACACAAUUAAAAGUCAAAAUAAUAAACAAAACCAACAAGUGAUUAAUUCUCAAGGACAAGAUUAUUUCGUAAGAAUUUAUUAACUUUCAAUAAUGCUCAACUACUUAUCACCGGAGCUUAUCGAGCUAGUCCUCAUCCAUCUUGACAUAUUUUCCCUCAAAUCAUGCCUUGAAGCAUCAAGUUCAUUCCGAGAUGUAAUCAUUCACUCACCAGACAUCAUGAAGAAAUUAACAUUGAGGUUGAAUGAGAAAAAUUGGAAAUCCAAAGUGCCAUUUAUUAAGGAAUAUGGAAAAUAUGUGAGGAACGUUGAAAUUGAGUGCAGUAAUGGAUCUUGCAUAUAUUUCAGGCUAUUGCAUUUUAUGCCAAAGACAAUAAAGCUUAAAUUGAAUCUCAUGAAUUCACAGCGAUUGCAUAAGCAGCGAUCAGUUGAUAAUGAGCAGGAUGACAUCAUAAUUGCACAGUUAAUGAGCUUACUCGAAUGUGAAGAUGAAAUUUUUGGUGAAUUAAAUUUGACAAAACUUGAAAAUUUGGAAGCUUUUUUCUACAAAAUUGAUCCAGCUGUGAUUUUUCAUGAGCUAAGGAACUGUAAAAAUUUAAAAAAGUUCUGUUUUCGAAGUUCCGUCGAGACUCAAAUUCAUCAUGAAUCACUGAUUUCAUUCCUGUGUCAACAAAAUGACUUACUGUGUCUGGAACUUAAAGUUGGUCAAAUGGAUAUAAUAUUUUCAGCUGAGACGAUUGACAAGAUGAACUUCAAGCUUAAUACGUUGAGGAUCGUUCCAUCAUUCUAUGCUGAAUGUGACUACACAUACUUGAAUAAAUUCCUACUUAAACAGUCCGAAUGCCUUGAAGAACUUCGAGUCUUUUCAUGGAGCUGCGAAGCUGAAAUUGCUGAUGGAAUAUCAAAACUUAAGAACCUCAAAAGCCUCACAACUCAUGGUCUGCUGCCUUAUUUCAACAUCCAGAAGCCACAAAGUCCAACUGAAGAAGACAAGGAACUUGUCGUGCUGAAAAAUUUGACAUACUUCCGAUAUUAUCGAGGGAAUAAAAAUCAAAACUUUGAUGAAUUUGACACAACCAGCCUGCCUGGUCUCAAAUGCCUCAAUGUUCAUUUUGGAAUUGAUCAUCGACUUUUCGGAUGCUAUCCGGAUAUCAAAGUGACUGCAAAUCCGCUAAGAAAUUUGAGACAUUUGAAGGAAUUUCAUAUUGAAAGCUGCAAUCAGGACCUCCUGCAUUAUUUGUCCAGUCCAAAUCUUGAAAGUCUCGUCAUAACCUACGAGGAUGUCCUUUUUGAUAUCGCAAGUUGGACACAAAUUGCCAAAAAUCUCCCAAAACUUCAGAGCUUAACAAUCGUGAAUGUCAAUUAUGAGAAAUUUUUAAAAUUUAUUGUCGAAAAUCAUGAAAGAUUUAUUCAAAAAAUUCGUGGUUUAAAGUCAUUGGAACUGCUGCUUCCAUCAAAUGAUGUCUUAAAACUGUUUAUAAGCAGUGGAAAAGUCACAAAUGUUGUUGGAAAUUAUUGCUUGACUAAUAGUCCAUUAAUGAAGAAAAAGGAACUGCUAGAAAGGAAAUUUGACAAAAUUGAUUUUGUAAUGAUAAGUCAGGAAGAAUAUGACGAUAAAUAUGAACGGCUGCAGUUUUAUUUCCAUCCAUGUGGGCCUUAAAAGCGUUUAGAGACAACAUAGCUAGCUUUAAAUGUAACUAGAUACACAAUUAAAAUGUUUUGUAAUCAAAUUUUCUAUGUUAAAGAAUGUAGACUAGGUUUGGACAUAGCUAUGUUGUAGUCGAGAUUAAGUAGGAUGAGUGAAGGUUAUUAAAUGUCCAUAACUAGUUUUUAUUGAACUUAAUACAACACAUUUAAUAAAAAUAUAUCAAAAGAUGCUUUGAUGUCCACUUUCAAAUAACAAUCCCCGAAUUUAUCCAAUAAGCUUCCUAAUCUUUUUCAUAUACGACUCUUCAUUAAUGAUGGACUCCAACUUAUACUCACUUAGCAAAUUCUCAACCCAUUCUUGAACUCCCGGAUCAUUUUUAUUUUUUUUCGACAGUUCAUGCAAAGUCUCUCCAAUUUGCCAAGUUCCUUUUAAAAAAUUAACUUGAUCCUCUCUCUUUUUGAUGUAAAAUUUGAUUUUCUUCCAUGUAAAGUCCAAAACUUCUUUAGUAUUGUAGCUAACAGCCAAAGCAAACAUAUUAAGUUCAGCAUUUUUGGCAAUUGUGUGCUUGAUAAACUCAACAAUUUCAGUAUUUGAGAAAUAUUUUGAUAAAGUUUUCCACAAGACAACAUGAGUUGGAAGUGAUUUAUUCCAUGAUGCUGCACGUUGCAUAAAAUUCCUAUCUUUACAUCCUAAAGUUUUGAGAAAUUUCUUGAUUUCCUCAUUUGAUAAAAUUCCUUCAAGUUUUAAAAUUGUGAAUUCAAAUGUGUAAUUUGAUCCAAAACGUGCUGCAAGAUGAAUCAAGUUGUCGCCAUCUUUAUCACAAUCUUCAAGGCUUUUAAGGAAGUCAGCGUGUGAUUUGUAUAAAUCUUGAACAGUCUCCCAAACAGCUUGAUGCAUUGUGAUUUCUUUCGAAGAGCACGCAACUCUUUGUAGAAGAGUUCUUUCAUUAAAGCUCCUGGAUGUUAAAAUUUCGAGAUAUUGACUGUCAUUAAGAUUCUUUUUCAAAAUUUUGAUUGUCAUGAAGAAAAUCUCAGCAUUAUUUUCGGAUACUAGGAUGUUGAUGUAAUUGUUUAAAUUUUUUGUUUUGUGCAUGACUAAAUCCUUCAAUUCAUUUCGAUCUUGAAAUAUUUUUAACAAGAAAAUCCAAAAAGUUCCAUGAAACUCGGAAUCCUUGCAAUACCCAGCGUGGUCUAAAACAUUGAAUUUCUGGUCAUUUGUGUGCUUUUUGAAGAGAUCUUUAAACUUUGGUUCCAAAUCUAGCAGUUUGAAAACAUUUUCGCAUUUAUUAAAAAUAAAAAUUAAAUUUUCACUAUUUUUGGCGCCAACACAAUUGUGUAAAAUGUUCCUUCCAAAUGUAUCAGUAUUUGAUAUGAUCUCGGACACUUCUAAUGUUGAGAAGUAUUUAAAAAUCAUUUCAAAAAGACUUGUAAUAAAGCUUAAUGGUUUAACUUUGAUAACUGCUGAUUGCAAAAGACUUCUUUGAAAAAUAUUUAAAUUCCUUAAUGUUGUCGAUUAUUUUCUAAACUUUCAAUUUUGUUUAAUUUGCUGAUUAAAAAUUCUAAAGCUUCUUCAGUCGAAUGUGCAGCACAAAUGUUCAAAAUGUUCCUGUUCUCGGAGUUCACUUCUAUGAGAAAUUCGGAGAAUUCUUGAUCUGAUUUGCUUGAAUUUUCUAAAACUCUCCAAAUAAAUUUAAUAAUGUUGAUGUCCGUCGUUACUUGCAAAGCAAAUUGAAGUAAAUUUGAGCCUUUUGAAGUUUUUGACUUGACUAUCUCGAGGUACUGACUAUCAUCAAAAAUGUCAUUAAUCACUCUGAAUGUGAACUCAAUUAUUUCAAUUUUAUUUUUUGCCACUAAAACUUGAAUGUAGUUCUUGCCUUCCUCAUCUUUUUGAAUUAUAAAAUUCUUUAGUUCCUCUUGAUUCUGAAAAGUUUUUAACAAAUAAUCCCAAAGGCCCUGAUGUACUUUAAUUUGAUCACAUGUGACAUAAGCUUGUAAAUCAUUUGAGCCUUCUUUGUUGGCAGUUGAUGUCAUUAGGAUUUGAAAAGGAUCAUUGAGAACAUUUGGAGCUUUUAAAAUGAAGUUUAGUAUUGAGUCGUAAUUUUUGAUGACAUCCAUUAGCUCCUUCUCAUCUUGAUCACUUCCAUUAACAAAUUUUGACAUUUCAUCCCAACUUAAUACUAUCAAAUUUUGAUCAUUUUGGUCAUUUAUAGUCUUCAAAUAAGUUUUCCCAUCUUCAUCUCUAUUUUUGAUCAUUUCAAAUAAUUCAUGUGCAUCUAAGUGCUUUUGAAUGACUGCCCAUAAGCUUUUGUGGAAUUUCAAAGAUUUAUCCGAUUCUGCAAUGAUUUGUAAGAAGUUUCGCUUCCAAAAAUCCAAGCUAAUUAUUAAAUUUUUAAUUUCUUCGCGUGAUGCAACUUUUUCUAAAUUUGUAACUGUCAAGUCAAAGAUUUCACAUGAUGAGAAGCAUGCUAGGAGAUGGAAUAUGUUGUUUUUAUGAUCAUCUUUGUGCCCUAUAAUUUGUAAGAACAUCUUGUCUGAAGUUUUAAUAAUUUUCCAUAAAUUUUGGUGCAUUUCUGGAUUAUCUGAUUCACAAAUUGCUCGCUGGAUGAUGUUCCUUCCUUCAAAGCCUGUUGAUUUUAAAAUGUUGCAAUAGUCAGCUUCGUUUAAGCUUUCUUGAAGGAUUUUGAAUGUCACUUCAAUGACUUUCGGAUCACUCUCAACUACAGAUAGAUGUAAGAAGUUAUUGCCAUCUUUAUCAACUUGCAAUGCCAAAUUCUUCAACUUAUCAUAAGAUUUAAAUGAAUUCUUCACCAGUGUCCAUAAAAUAGCAUGGAAGUCGACUUGUUGGCAAUAUGCUGCAUGAUGAAAGAUGGUGUGACCUUUUGAAGAUGAUUGCUGCGCUACAAAGUCUUCAAACUGCUCAUUAUUGAAAUAUUCUUCAAUUUUCGUCCAUAAGAAUUCAAGUUUUGCUUCCAUUUGCGAGUCAAUGCACAAAUGCAUCAAAUUUCUUCCAUUUAUGUCUUUAUGCUGAAUCAAGUCGAUCAGUUCCUUGCCAUCAAAAUUAUCCGCAAUGUUAUUUACUUCCUGCCAUGUAGUUUUAAGUAUCUCAACUGAAUUAUAAGCAAUUGAGGCUUGCAGGAUGUUCUUACCUUCGAUGUCAUUGUGCUUUAUCAUUUCCAUCAAUUCUAAAGUAUCAAAAUAUUUACAAAGAGUUGUCCACAAAUUUUGAUGUGAAUCGAUAGACUUAUUAUGUCGAAUAACUGAUUGUGGAAGGUUUUCCUUAAAAGCAUUGAUAUUUUCCAUUUGAUUUUUAAUUAAGUCACUAGAUUCAAUUUUUAACAAUUCCUCAAUCAUAAAGUUUGUCACGUGUGGAC